AUGGGUGUGAUAGUGGCUUUGCUAUUAUGCUACGCUUCUGUUACUAGUGCAUCUGCUACCUUGAUGAAAGCAGAGGAGAAACGUGCUCUGCUUCAAACCAAGUGGUGGAAUACUAGUAUUACUCCCUACAACGUCUCAGACCCAUGUUACUGGUACGAGAUAUCUUGCAAUGAUUUUGGAAGCGUUACUCAGAUAUCUCCACUCCGAAUCACUUCACAGCACCGUCGAAUAGGAGAUCUCAACUUGACAGCAUUUUCUUAUUUAGAAGAACUUGAACUUUCAAGAAUGGGUUUGAUAGGUACCAUACCAAUUCAAAUUGAAACUCUUCAACAUCUUAGACAUUUGGGCUUGUCUCAUAACAACCUUGCUGGUACAAUUCCAUCUCAAAUAGGAGCUCUUCAAUAUCUCGACUAUUUGGACUUUUCUCAUAACAACUUCAUUGGUACCAUUCCAGCUCAAAUAGAAGCUCUUGAAAAUCUAGCUUCUUUGGACUUGUCUAAUAACUACCUUACUGGUACAAUUCCAACUCAAAUAGAAGCUCUUCAAAAUUUAGCUUAUUUGGACUUGUCUAAUAACCACCUUACUGGUACAAUUUCAUCUCAAAUAGGAGCUAUUCAAUUUCUCAACCAUUUGGACUUUUCUCAUAACAACUUCAUUGGUACCAUUCCAGCUCAAAUAGAAGCUCUUCAAAAUCUAGCUUAUUUGGACUUGUCUAAUAACUAUCUUACUGGUGCAAUUCCAUCUCAAUUAGGAGCUCUUCAAUAUCUCCAUCAUUUGGAUUUUUCUCAUAACAACCUCACUGGUACAAUUCCAACUCAAAUAGAAGCUCUUCAAAAUUUAGCUUAUUUGGACUUGUCUAAUAACCACCUUACUGGUACAAUUUUAUCUCAAAUAGGAGCUCUUCAAUAUCUCAAUCAUUUGGACUUUUCUCAUAACAACCUCACUGCAUGA